CACCCAUGAGCAGGAGAAGCUGAAGAGCGGCUCGGAGCGGGCGGCAGCCCCCGUUUUUUUAUCCGCAGCUUUUCUGCAGACACCGACAAAGCGAUUUACAGACACGCAGGACACCCGAAGCCGUCAUCAGACCAGCAGCACGCCAACCAUUGAAUCCUGAUUUUUUUUGUGGGAAAGGGAGGGAGGGGGGAACAACACACUGUGUAUCCCCUCUACGAAUUAGAAAAAAAACCCACAUACCUCCAAAUGCAUUGAUCUCCCGCUGGCGUGAAACCAGACUGAUUGGUUGCAAGAAGGUACGAUACCAUCCCAGCCGAUUUCCACGGAGGAUUGUUCCUGGUGGAUUGUUUUUCCCCCUUUUUAUUUGGGCUAAAAGACACUUGGAUUAUAAGCGCCGUGGACUCAACAUAACAAUCAUCUGCCGCCAACACAACAAUGCUGCUCUUCUCUUUACGCUAAAUCAUCCUAAAGUGGAAUGUAGGGAUUUAUACAGACACCCGGUUUUCACGUUUUUCUUCGGCUUCGUGAAUCCGAGUUUGUACAAAUUGGCACCGAACAGAAAAUAUCUCAUAUGAUUUCAAAAAACAUAUUUCAGUGACUUUCCAUAUUUCACUUUUGCACAGGUGGGGGAGAAUCGUACUGACAAAAAUGAUAUGGUUGGGUAAUUAGCGAAGAAAUCGAACUGAAGGAAAGUGCUUAUUUUAAGAAAUUACUUUUCGAUACCGCUCUAGAAAUGUUAUAUUUUUAUGCAUCACUAUUGUGGCCCAAGUGUGCCUCGUAGUACCUGGCAUUCAUUUCGUUUCGUUUUAAUUGUGGAUGACGAGUGACUCUAACGAGACUUCAUUACUACAUGUGAAUAUACAUAACCCAAGGAACCAUAAGACAAUAAUAUUAACUAAAACUUGCUAUGGCAGAACCGAAAGCCGUCAUCUCCGGAGCUGAUCAAGUUUUCCAAUGAAUUGUAGAAGCUAGUUCUAGUAGAUAUACGCCGAGAAGUCGUAGUGAUGCUCAGAAAAAAAGACCCGCGGACUUCACCAAGGCGCUUUGGCAAUUUGUAAGGUAUCGAAUUAAGCGGCGAAAAGCCCCUGCACCGAGAGAAGGGGUGUGGGCAGCACUUCGCGACUUUGGAUCCUCCAUCUCCGAUCUCCUCUUCUUUCCUUCGUCUUUUGUGUAAGAGUCACCAGCCACCAUGGACCUCAAAGAGGAGUCGGAGGAGAUGGACUGCAAGCAGCCGGUGCCAAUUGAAGUUUUCGCCAGCAGAUCCACGCUGCACGGCAUCUCGCACAUGUUCAGCUACCAGCGCAUCUGCGUGAAACGAUGUCUGUGGAUUAUGUUCUUCCUGGGAUCACUGGGGUUCCUCAUCUGCGUAUGUGUGGACCGUGUACAGUUCUACUUAGAGUACCCACAUGUCACCAAGCUGGACGAGGUGUUGAUCUCGACGAUGAUCUUCCCCACUGUCACCUUCUGCAACCUGAACUCCUUCCGCUUUAGCCAGGUGACGCGCAACGACCUUUAUCACGCUGGGGAGCUCCUGGCGCUUCUGAAUGGGAGGUACGAGAUCCGGGACACACAUCUGGUGGAGGAAAGCGUCCUGGAGACGCUGAAGGUGAAAGCCGACUUCCACAACUUCAGGCCGCGUCCGUUCAACAUGCGCGAGUUCUACGACCGCACAGGUCACGACAUCAAGGACAUGCUGCUCUCCUGCCGUUACCGUGGUGCCGAGUGCAGUGCAGAGGACUUCUCAGUGAUUUUCACCCGAUAUGGCAAGUGCUACACCUUCAACUCCGGGCUAGACGGACGCCCUCUCCUAAUCACCACAAAGGGCGGGACAGGGAAUGGCCUGGAGAUAAUGUUGGACAUUCAGCAGGAUGAAUACCUGCCUGUCUGGGGCGAAACAGACGAGACGUCAUUCGAGGCAGGGAUCAAAGUCCAGAUCCACAGCCAGGACGAGCCGCCUUUCAUCGACCAGCUGGGCUUCGGGGUGGCGCCCGGUUUCCAGACCUUCGUGUCCUGUCAGGAGCAGCGGCUCACGUUCCUGCCCCCGCCCUGGGGUGACUGCAAGUCUUCAGCCAUGGACUCAGACUUCUUCAGUACCUACAGCAUCACUGCGUGUCGCAUUGACUGCGAGACGCGCUACCUGGUGGAGAACUGCAACUGUCGCAUGGUGCACAUGCCCGGGGACGCUCCAUACUGUACUCCAGAGCAGUACAAAGACUGUGCCGAUCCAGCCCUAGAUUUCCUAGUGGAGCGGGACAACGACUACUGCGUUUGCGACACCCCGUGCAGCCUGACUCGCUACGGGAAGGAGCUCUCCUUCGUGAAGAUCCCCAGCAAGGCGUCGGCCAAGUACCUCGCCAAGAAGUUCAACAAGUCCGAGCAGUACAUCUCGGACAACAUCUUGGUGCUGGACAUAUUCUUCGAGGCUCUGAAUUAUGAGACCAUAGAGCAGAAGAAAGCCUACGAGUUGGCCGGACUGCUGGGUGACAUCGGAGGGCAGAUGGGACUUUUCAUCGGAGCCAGCAUCCUGACGAUCCUGGAACUCUUCGACUAUCUCUAUGAGGUUAUCAAAUACAAGGUGUGCCGAUGCACAAGGAGGAAACGCAAGCGCAACAACAACAAUGACCGCGGAGCCGUGCUCGGUCUCGACGACGUGAAACGCCAUGCUCCCUGCGAGGCCCUCCAUACCCCAUCCACAUACCCCGCCAACAUGCUACCUCAUCAUCCUGGGCAAGGCAACUUUGAAGACUUCACCUGCUGAGUCAGUCGCCACUUAGGAGUGGGGCGGCUCCUCGCCGCAGGCCAUCGGCACGGACAAGAGAAACAAGUUUAAUCUCGGAAACAGCGCUACCCAGAAUUUGACAGGAAGUAAAACAUGGUACCCAAAACUACUUGUCAGCGAAUCAGAUAUUACCUGACACUUAAAGUCUUGUAGAUGGAUAAAUUUUAAAAUAUGAG